AAAUAAUAAAGAGUUAAAAACCAUCAGCGCCGUCCCGUCAGUGCGAUUUCAUCUGUAGUGAGUGUAUCAUGGCUUCGCACAAUGGCAAAAAUUUCAUUAAAUAAGAUUUUCGUCAAAAAUCGUGCAAAAGGGACCAAAUCAGCAAAACUGAAAUUUAGCACAAAUCGCAGCAACUCGUGAUAGGACUUCCUUCCUGUGUCCUAAAAGGGCUGGGGGCUGUCGGAAUGAUGGCCACCGCUGUUCAGAAGAACAGCCUCGAGGGCCUCUCCAACGGCAACGGCCUGGUGCACCCGCCCCUCAACGGCUACGGGGGCGACGUGGAGGAGGUCAGCGCCCCCGAGGCGGCGGCCGGCGACAGUGCGGUGGAGGAGCCCGAGAUAGACAUCAUGAUAAACAACGUGGUGUGCAGUUUUAGUGUUCGGUGCCACUUGAACUUGCGCGAGAUCGCUCUGAACGGUAUCAACGUCGAAUACCGCAAGGAAAACGGCAAGAUCACGAUGAAGCUGCGAAGGCCCUACACCACCGCCAGCAUCUGGUCCUCGGGGAAGGUCACCUGCACGGGGGCCACCAGCGAGCUGCAGGCCAAGAUCGCGGCGAGGAGGUUCGCUCGUUGUUUACAAAAACUAGGGUUUAAGGUGCGCUUCAACAACUACAGAGUGGUUAAUGUGCUCGGGACCUGCUCCAUGCCCUUCGCGAUCAAGAUCAAUUCCUUCUCGGAAAGGCAUAAAGAGGCUGAUUAUGAACCUGAAUUACAUCCCGGAGUCACGUACAAACUACAAAGUCCUAAAGCCACCUUAAAGAUAUUUUCCACAGGCAGUGUUACUGUUACAGCGCCGAGUGUGGCAGACGUUCAAGCCGCCAUCGAAUACAUUUUCCCUUUGGUGUAUGAGUUCCGUAAAGAGCGAACCCCGGAAGAGGCGGCGCUGCUCGCUUUGAAGAAGUCGCGCCAGAUGACACGUAGUCCCGCUUACGACGAAGAAGAAGAGUAUCAAGAAGAAGAAAGUGACUGGGACUAGAGUGUAGUGAUGGUGUUCUUUAGCUAUAAUUUGUUUAGUGACUUUUCCUCGAUUUCUACGUUUUCGUGCUUAUUUGACAAUUCUUUCGAGUAUUCGGAUCGUCCGCAUUUAUCACGGCCAAAGAAUGCAAAUCAAAAUUCUAUCGCUCCAAAUUUUAUAAGAAAUUUUAAUCACCGCGGACGUCCGAAGUACAAUACGAAUAACCGACUGUUUUUCACACUCUUGUAUAAAAUAAUGUAUCGUGUAUCUGAUUAUCAUUAAUAAUUUAUUUGAUAUAAUUAGAUAGAGCUGUAGGACUAAUCGACUGAUGAACUACGAGUACGAGUGGCAAUAAGUGAUAGUGACCCACGAUAUUUCGGUCCGCAGCUUCUAGAGUAAUGUUCAUGUAGACAUAAGGCCUAGCAUCGUCAAUUUGUACUUCGUAAAGCCAGUGAUUGCACUUAUUUCUUUCAUCAAGUGUAGCUACUGCAUCCGAUUUGUUUCUCUUGAAUAUAUUUUUACAAACUUGAAUUAAACAUAAGUGUCUUACUUGUAUGUGUCGUUGUGGGUUGCUUUACUUUUGUACACCUGACAAAACCAAAAAUUUAUCGCAAUUUGGCCUAUAUGACAUUUCUUCUGACGUUUGAGUAUGAGUGCUUUUACUUCAUUAUGAACUCAAUAAUCAGUAGUCAUUAUUGUAUUUGAUGUUUCUGGGUAAUUAACACUCGUACUAUAAAUCGUGUCGUCAAAAUAAAUGUGAUUCAAAGUAACCACACUUCGUGUAAGAUUGACUGUAAAAGCAAUUAGGAACUCCCUGAGCCUUAUUAAUAGUAAUAAAAUUUAACUAAUAAAGACAACUGUAAUUUCGUAUCAGAAUUUGUUUCGGUUCUAUUGGCACGUGCUUUAUGGAAAUUUUUUGUUUUUUUAGGACGUCCGGAUCUUUGUUCCUUCUACAUAUGUCAGAAUAUGUGUAAUGUUAAUGUAUACCAAAUCAAUAAUUUAGUAGUUAAUUGAUCCAUGAUCAUGUUAGAGAUAUUAAUUGCUUUCCUAAGUUAAAGCUUGUUCUCAUAGUGUGUAUUAUAAUUUUUAUGCGUAUCUACUGUAUUCUGAAUGUAGAUUUAAUAAAGUUUUCUCAUUUUGUUCAAA